AUGGCAAUUUGUGGGUCUUUGCCUACUGCAAACAUCACAAUUCGAGAUAGCCAGGCGGAGUCUUGCGGCCCACCUGUGAUUAUUUGCGACUGGGACGACACCAUUCUACCAUCAACGUUCUUGGCUGAGGGCAAUCUGGAUUCGACAGGCUCAGAAGAGUCCCUAGGACAGUUACAGAACAUCGUCAUUGAAGUCCUAUCGCGCGCGAUAGUGUUGGCAAGCCCGUAUGUAUUCAUACUCACAAGCAGUUCUCCGGGGUGGGUGCACGAAUCGUGUCAACUGUACAUGCCCAGGGUCGUGCCCUUGCUCGCUAAGGUCACUAUAUUGCAUUCUAAAGAAUAUUGUCGAGAACUGUCGGUAAUUAGUAGGAAGUUCCGCAGACUGUAUUUUUCUGAGGACAAGGGCUUGAAGUCGACCAAGCUCGCGACAGUGCUCUCGAUAGUGCCGACUUUGAAACCAGUUCCCCGAAGAGUGGUGCUCAUAGGCGACCAAUAUGAAGAUGUCGCGGUUGCCCAGGCGCUGCGUCGAGGAGGCGUGGAAGCCAGGACCUGCCUAUUCGCAUCGGCACCGACACCGACUGAACUGCGUCGGGAGCUUGAGUGGCUGUUGAAGGGCGACACGCUCGAUCGGCUGUUGGUUGAUGACACUCUACCUCAGAGUGACUUCACUCUGAGACGGAAUAGGCAGCAACAGCAGCAACCGGCUGCCAAGGAGGCUCCUAGGAGAGAUUCUGGUGACACAACGCGUCGAAUUGCAGCCCUGACCCCUGAAGAAGAGGCUGCGGUUCAGGAAGCAGUUACGGAGCAGCUUAUGAGCUACGGAGAAGGGAUGGCCUCUAAGGAGCAUAGGGCGACGCUGGCAGAGUACGCAGCGUGCGUGUUGCAAACACAGGCUACAGUGAGCGAGAUGGUGGCUGAGAUGGAGCAGUUCUUGCAGGAGAACGCGGAGAGCUUUGUGGAGUGGCUGAUCGAGUACUGUGAGGAGCAUGGCGUGGCCCACCCUGUGAAAAGGUCCAAGAAGGCAGCCCCGCCCCGAGGUGGUGGGCUUUUUUCAAAGGCGCUGCGAGCGGCCACUGGGCAGGCCCCUGCGAGCUCGUCGUGUCCCGAGGUCACCACCAACGGGACGAAAAGAGGGGUGGAGGAGGAUGAGCAUGCGUGCAGUUCAGAUGGACCGAGCAAGAUAGCGCGUCGGGAAAUGCGAGGCAUCGCUCAGCGGGCUGAUGCGGUUAAUGCCAAGAGAGUAUGCACACCUGUAGGGACCCAGGAUGAGAAUAGAAAUCCCAUUCGACUUGUCGGACGGGAAGAGCUAAACCAAAGGGCUGUUGCAAUUGUGAAGAGGUCACUUGGCGAGGCCCCACUGAAUGGACGUCCUUGUCCUGGUCAGAGCGCUGCAGAGGGCACUCUUGGUCCUUUGAUUCGGUCCCCGACGCCAGCCCUUUAUCGGCCCCCUCUUUCACGCGCCCCCCAGCCUGGGGGUCUGCCACCAGUUGAGCAACAGUUGGGAGGGGGGUAUGUGGCCCAGGCUCGAAAUGGGAGUUCGAUGGUCGCUAAUCGGCAGCCUCCUCCUCCGCCGUUACCCCCUCCGACACAACCGCAGUCUCGUCGGAAUUCUUUCAACGUACCGCCGGUCACGACACCGCAAAGGAAUGAGGAUGGAUACAAGUGGCGGUCCAUCCGAGGAGAUGCUCUAGUUCGGGCAACUUGCGAGCCGGACUCAGCUCCUGUUGCCUCCAUCACCAACGGCGAGAUCGUGGAACAGUGCGGUCAACGGAUAGUGCUUCAAAGUGGUAUCAUUCGCAUACAAAUCCGCCAUCCCUCUCAUCCGAGUUUUCCGGCUCCGCUCGGUUGGGUUACUCUCACUGCGGAGCCUGCCGGGGGUGUCCGGUACUUUGAGAAGGGCCCCGAGAAGGUAACUUACGAGUUCCGUUCUGAGGAAAUCAAACAUAAACUUCCACAUUGA